AUGUCCGAUAAAAUAGAAAUGGAAGACAAUCCGGACAAGAUGCUUAAGCAAAUGUCUAUGCGCAUGCAUUUAAAGCGUUCUGUUUUCCAUGCAGCUGCUCUUGAACAACUCGUACGAAAUUCCUCUCGGUGCGAUGCUUCAACUAAGCUUGAAACCCAAGCUUACAUUGCCUGGCUGGCCGGCGUAUGUGUUUUCGAGAUGCGCAGAUGGCCUGAAGCCUGUGAGCUGCUCAAAAAGCGAGGAAGGUGUCGCGAGAUUCAACCGCAGAUUCGACUCUGCGAAUUCAGUUGCGCUGAGGCAACUGCCAAACCUUUGAAUGGUAUGAUGAAUAAGUUGAUGGAAAUACGUGCUCAAGACACUGACAGUGAAGCUGUGGAUCGUCUUAUCGCUGAGAUGAGAUCGAAGGCGUCAUGCGAUGAUGCAGUCAUUGUCAAGUGGGGUGUAUUCAAAUCAACUGUUGAGGAUGACAAAGCGCGUCAAGUAGUGCAAGGUUGGCAACAGAUGGCUCUUUAUGAGAAGCAGCUGACCGACACAGGAGAUGCUCUCGAGCGAAUUUCCGAUUUGAUUCGCAGAAAAACAUCGGAUAACGCCGACUCUACGCUCCUCCAGUUGUCCGGAAUAGAACAUGACAAAAAUCUGACCGAAGCUGUUUCAGCGAAAAUCGAGUACUAUAGAGCAUUCAGGUGUCAUAUGGCAACUGCGUAUGCUGCGCUGUCAAGAUUUGGAGAAGCCGCUGCUUUAUUUGAAAGAGGUUUGAGACGCACUGAGGAUGCAAAGACUGAGAAUUAUCUCAAACUUAACUACACAAAUUUCAAACUCUUAGUUUUAGGAAGCGACUGGGAUGUGACUCGAAAGUGUAUCUGCUCAGCUUAUUUACAUAAGCUGGAAGGUAAGCUGAAGGGAAUCGGCGAGUAUGUGAACGUUCGAACUGACAUCCCAUGUUUCUUACAUACGACGUUCGCUCUCUUCGGGAUGGGUUUCAUGCCCGAUUAUGUGGUCUACCACGAACUCAUCAUAACAGCGAAGAAAUACAUGCAAUGCGUUACUGCUGUAGAUGCCGUUUGGUUAGCAAAACUUGGCCCCAUGUUCUACUCAGUAAAGAAGUCGAAAACUUCUCGAUCUGAAAAACGAAUGGAAAGUGUAAGAACAGUUGACAGUAUGGAAGAAGAGAUGAGAAAAGCUCAAAAGGAAAUGCAGCGGCGAAAAGAGGAGUCGGAGAGGGCAUUGAAACGACCAGAAAGCGUGCGGAUAGUUGAUGUUGGCCGCUCUCUUCGCAGUAAACAUUGGAGAAUGUUAGAGCGCGAUUUCUUGUAA